AUGACUACCGAUAUUAUCCAGGCUCACGAAGCCUCGUCUCCAUCCAGCUAUGAUCCCGACAGCAAGACACCGGUUCAGGCGGUACUUGAGGACCGCGGCUAUGUCGACCCCAAAGAAGAGAGAGCGUUUGUUUGGAGACUUGAUCUUGGAUUUUUGGUCAUUGGGUUUCUGGGCUAUAUGUUCAAGUACAUUGACCAGACCAAUAUUAGCAAUGCCUAUGUCUCAGGCAUGAAGGAAGAUCUUUCCCUUUACGGCAACGAGCUCAACUUUUUUACCACUUAUUUCAAUAUCGGUUACAUCAUAAUGCUUUGGCCUUCCUGCAUUAUCAUCUCGCAUAUUGGCCCUUCAAAGUGGCUGCCAGCCUGUGAGGUCUAUGGGCUUCGGUUCCUCAUUGGCUUUUUCGAGGGAACUACUUGGCCAGCCUACUUCACCAUGAUCAGCCAAUGGUAUCUCCCUCACGAAGUAGCUCUACGGAUGAGUCUAUACAACAUUGCUCAGCCCGCCGGUGCCAUGAUCUCCGGCGCCAUGCAAGGAGGGCUAUCAACCAAUAUGGAGGGUGUUCUAGGUCGUUCCGGAUGGCGCUGGGCCUUUAUCAUCAAUGGCGUCUGUACUAUUGCUGUUGCUCUGGUGGCCUUUUUCCUACUCCCGGGAUAUCCCGAGAGCCCAAACCGCCUUGCAAAGUUCUAUCUUAAGCCCCGUCACAUUGAAAUUGCCCUUGCGCGUGCUCGUCGUGUCAACCGGAAGCCUCAAAUCGGCAUCACACCCAAGAGCUUUCUGCGCUGCUUCACAUUUUGGCAACUAUGGGCGAUUGGAAUCGCAUGGCCGAUCGGUGGCAACUUUGCGCCGGCAAACUACUACAACCUGUGGCUCAAGUCUCUCAAGAACCCUGACGGAACAAAGAAAUAUACUGUUGCCAUGUUGAACUAUCUACCCAUCAUUGGACAAGCAGCUCAGCUGGCAGCUGAGGUCAUCUACAGCAGCGCAAGUGAUUACUUUGGAACGCGUCUACCAUUCUUGCUCGUACAUUCUACUGUCAAUAUCACGUCUUUGGCCAUCCUGAUCGUUCGGCCCCAGAAUGAGAAACUGUACAUGGCUGGAUGGUAUAUGAACUAUACAGGAGCGGUGUCAAUGAUGCUGCUGUGUUCUUGGGCCUCGGAGAACUUGCCGCACGAACCUCAAGUCCGAACCAUGCUCUUCGCAUCCGGUACUCUGUUUGCCUACCUCCUCAGUGCCUUUGUCCCUCUCGCAGCCUAUCCUGCGUCUGAAGCACCGAACUGGCGCAUCGGAGCCAAACUCUACAUGGGAUUUGCCACAUUCGCUGUCUUCCUGUACUUCGCUAUUUACUUUGGGUUUAGAUGGGAAAAGAAGCGGGCCAAGAAGCAAGGCCAGCUGACUACUGGUAGAAGCAAGGAUGAUGCCGAACCUGGGUCUGAGUAA